UCGUCAGAAUAACGCGAAAAAAACUCCAGGGAAACACUUCACGACACAUCCUGUUUAAAAAUGGCUGCGCCCUGAUAAAUGUGACUUGAGCUACAUCAGUGCAAAGCAUUAAUGUAAACGUUUUUUAACUGGUCAUUUUUUGAGCGUACAGGAAUAAAUUCCAACAUGGUUCAUCUAUCAUCACUUUUACUGAAAAAGUAUCAUGGUGGACAUGUCGCAAUUAGGCUGGCACUGGCUGGGCACAAACAGGUCAACCGACCGUUUUACCGCAUCGUGGCUGCUUACAACAAGCGGGCACGUGACAGCAAGUACAUAGAACAGUUGGGCACUUACGACCCCCUUCCGAACAUAUACAACGAGAAACUGGUCAGUUUCAACUUUGACAGAAUCAAGUACUGGAUUGGGUGUGGUGCACAUCCAUCAAAGCCUGUGGCGAAACUGCUUGGGCUGGCAGGGUUUUUCCCUCUGCACCCCAUGACCGUGACUGAGGCAGAGCGCUGCCUGGCCCAGGCCCAGCUCACAGAGACCAGAGAUGCAGCUGAGGGAGCAGAGAAGCAGCUGGAGCUCUGAGAGCCAUGUGGAGGAUGUGUGACUGACUGACCAACUAUCAGUGUCUGAAGAGAAUCCUGGUCAUGAUGAACACUUCAAAUCUGAAAACUUGCAGUUCAGUCUCCUAAAGGCCAGGUUUCUGAAGUAGUAUUUUGCUUUACUGCAAAAGAUUAAGGAAAUGAUCUUGUACGAGUUGCUCAAAAAAAGGAUAUAAAGUUGAUACAAAAAAUAUAGAUAGGUUAUCUGUUGGCUAUACCUGACAUGCAAACGUGGAACAUUUUGAAAUGUUUGUCUGUAUUGACAUAACAUAAAAGGUCAUCACAGAGAAAUGAUUAAACCUAUUGACUAAGCCAUGUUCGUCAAACACGGUUGAAUUAUGAGGGAGAAAGGAAUUUUAAGAGGGUGGUUUGACAGCAAUAUUUCCUUAUUGAGUAAUUUUCCUUAGUUUCACCACCUGUUGAAAUGCCUAUUCAUAGACUUAGACUUUGUAUUUGAACAUUGUGAACAUGAUAAAACGUUAACAAAUCAACCAAUAUGUAUGUAUAUAAAACUUAUUUGUGGGCUUUACCUGUUCAUGAGCAAUGCUCUUCAGAAAAUAACACUUUUGUGACAACACUCAAGCAUGGAUUAUUGUACCAGUCCUUUGCUUCUUCAUCAUGUAUUAGCUCUUCUGGACCUUUGUCAUAUCUCAUCAUUAAAAGACGAGCCUUGUGUUCCGUGAAAA